AUGCUGGGAGAAGAAGGAAGCGGAAGUGGCACAUUCAGGGGCCAGUGGAGGCGCCGAUCAGUUAUAUCAUUUGGAUCAAAAAAUAGAACAAUUGGAGUUGCAGCCAAAAAUCAGCAUAUAACUCAUGCAAACAAUACGGUGUCUAACUUCAAGAGAUUUCAUGGCCGAGCAUUCAAUGACCCCUUCAUUCAAAAAGAGAAGGAAAACUUAAGUUAUGAUUUGGUUUCAUUGAAGAAUGGUGGAGUUGGAAUAAAGGUAACGUACAUGGAUGAGGAACACCUGUUCAGUGUGGAGCAGAUAACAGCCAUGUUGUUGACUAAGCUGAAGGAAACUGCUGAAAACAACCUCAAGAAACCAGUAACAGAUUGUGUUAUUUCAGUUCCCUCCUUCUUUACAGAUGCUGAGAGGCGGUCUGUAUUAGAUGCUGCACAGAUUGUUGGCUUAAACUGUUUAAGACUUAUGAAUGACAUGACAGCUGUUGCUUUGAACUACGGAAUUUACAAGCAAGAUCUCCCAAGCCUGGAUGACAACCUUCGGAUAGUAGUUUUUGUUGAUAUGGGACACUCAGCUUUUCAAGUGUCUGCCUGUGGUUUUAACAAGGGAAAAUUAAAGAUGCUGGGAACAGCUUUUGAUCCUUUCUUAGGAGGAAAAAACUUUGAUGAAAAAUUAGUGGAAUAUUUUUGUGCAGAGUUUAAAACUAAGUACAAGUUGGAUGCAAAAUCCAAAAUACGAGCACUCCUUUGUCUGUAUCAAGAAUGUGAAAAACUGAAAAAGCUAAUGAGCUCUAACAGUUCGGACCUACCACUGAAUAUUGAAUGCUUCAUGAAUGACAAAGAUUUUUCAGGAAAGAUGAACAGGUGACAGUUUGAAGAACUUUGUGCUGAACUUCUGCAAAAGAUAGAAGUACCCCUUCAUUCAUUAAUGGAACAGAUUCAGCUCAGAGUAGAAGAUGUGAGUGCUGUUGAGAUAGUGGGAGGCGCUACUCGAAUUCCAGCUGUGAAAGAAAGAAUUGCCAAGUUCUUUGGAAAAGAUACCAGCACAACACUCAAUGCAGAUGAAGCGGUAGCCCGAGGCUGUGCUUUGCAGUGUGCAAUCCUUUCUCCGGCAUUUAAAGUGAGAGAAUUUUCUGUCACGGAUGCAGUUCCUUUUUCAAUCUCUCUGAUUUGGAACCAUGAUUCAGAAGAUACUGAAGGAGUUCAUGAAGUAUUUAGUCGGAACCAUCCUGCUCCUUUCUCCAAAGUUCUCACUUUCUUGAGAAGGGGGCCUUUUGAGUUAGAAGCUUUCUAUUCUGAUCCUCAAGGCGUUCCAUACCCAGAAGCUAAAAUAGGCCGUUUUGUAGUUCAGAAUGUUUCUGCACAGAAAGAUGGAGAAAAAUCCAGGGUGAAAGUCAAGGUGCGAGUCAACACCCAUGGCAUCUUCACCAUCUCCACAGCAUCCAUGGUGGAGAAGGUGCCAGCUGAGGAGAAUGAAGGGCCUUCUGUGGAAGCAGACAUGGAGUGUCUGAAUCAGAGGCCACCAGAAAACUCAGACACUGAUAAAAAUGUCCAGCAAGACAACAGUGAAGCUGGAACACAGCCCCAGGUACAAACUGAUGGUCAACAAACCUCACAGUCACCCCCUUCACCUGAACUUACCUCAGAAGAAAACAAAAUCCCAGAUGCUGACAAAGCAAAUGAAAAAAAAGUUGACCAGCCUCCAGAAGCUAAAAAACCCAAAAUAAAGGUGGUGAAUGUUGAGCUACCUAUUGAAGCCAACUUGGUCUGGCAGUUAGGGAAAGACCUGCUUAACAUGUAUAUUGAGACAGAGGGUAAGAUGAUAAUGCAAGAUAAAUUGGAAAAAGAAAGGAAUGAUGCUAAAAAUGCAGUGGAGGAAUAUGUGUAUGAGUUCAGAGACAAGCUUUGUGGACCAUAUGAGAAGUUCAUGUGUGAACAGGAUCAUCAGAAUUUUCUGAGACUCCUCACAGAGACUGAAGACUGGCUCUAUGAAGAAGGAGAAGACCAAGCUAAACAAGCUUAUGUGGACAAGUUGGAGCAGUUAAUGAAAAUUGGCACCCCAGUUAAAGUUCGAUUUCAAGAAGCUGAAGAACGGCCAAAAAUGUUUGAAGAACUAGGACAGAGGCUACAGCACUAUGCCAAGAUAGCAGCUGACUUCAGAAAUAAGGAUGAGAAAUACAACCAUAUUGAUGAGUCUGAAAUGAAAAAAGUUGAGAAAUUUGUGAAUGAAGUGAUGGAGUGGAUGAAUAAUGUCAUGAAUGCUCAGGCUAAAAAGAGUCUCCAUCAGGAUCCAGUUGUGCGUGCUCAGGAAAUUAAAGCAAAAAUCAAGGAAUUGAACAACACUUGUGAACCUGUUGUAACACAGCCCAAACCAAAAAUUGAGUCGCCCAAACUGGAAAGAACUCCAAAUGGCCCAGAUAUUGAUGGAAAGGAAGAAGAUUUAGAAGGCAAAAAUAAUUUUGGUGCCGAACCUCCACAUCAGAAUGGUGAAUGCUACCCUAAUGAGAAGAAUUCUGUUAAUAUGGAGUUGGACUAAAUAACAUUAAAUUGGCUUCUAUGCCUUCAAAUUAAUAAAAUAUUUUUGCCAUAGUAUGUGAUUCUAACAUAACAUACUAAGACUAUUUAUAUUUUCUUUUGUUAAGGAUGUUUAGAAAUUUGUGUAUUAUAUGGAAAA